UUAAGUUAGGUAACACUUGACUCUCGGUAAAGUUCACUCGGUAAAGUUCGUUACUUUAAUGUCGUGAAAAUGUAAGUGAACGUGAGUGAACCGGUUCAGUAUCGACACCAUGGUGAUAACACGUCGAGAAGGUGAUCCAUUUCUGUUGAUGUUGGAUUGGGCAGCCAAUCAGAGCAGACAACAUGACAUCUCCAUAGUAACGCGGAUCGUUUGGGGAGGGGCAGUAAUAAGACUCCCGGUUGUUGUUUCCUGCUGAAGAUUAAAAAGUGUCGUGAUGGCGGGGACGUCGAGACACGAUCAAGAGAUGGCGAUGAACGCCAGGCGUCGUCUGUCGGAGUGUUCGGACCCCGUGGAGCGGCUCAGACUGCAGUGUCUGGCCAGAGGAUCGUCUGGGAUCAAAGGACUGGGCAGGACCUUUAAAAUAAUGGAUGAUGAUAAAAAUCGCUCUCUGGACUUGAAGGAGUUUCUGAAAGGUUUGAACGAUUAUGGUAUCCUGAUCGAGAAACAGGAAGCAGCGGAUAUCUUUCAGCGCUUCGAUCACGACGGGAACGGGACCAUCGACUUUGACGAGUUCCUCAUCACCCUGAGGCCGCAGAUGUCUAAAGCCAGGAAGGAGGUGGUCAUGCAGGCGUUUCGGAAGCUGGAUAAGACGGGAGACGGCGUGAUCACCAUCGAAGACCUGAGGGGGGUUUAUAACGCCAAGUACCACCCCAAGUAUCAGAACGGGGAGUGGACGGAGGAUCAGGUGUUCAGGAAGUUCUUGGACAGCUUCGACUCGCCGUGCGACAAAGACGGAAAGGUGACCAAAGAGGAGUUCAUCAACUAUUACUGCGGAGUCAGCGCCUCCAUCGACAACGACGUCUACUUCAUCCUCAUGAUGAGAAACGCCUGGAAGCUUUGAGUCUGAUUAGACCUGUCCUACUUGCCCAACCACUCCUACCUGUCCUACCUAUCCUACCUGUUCUACCUGUCCUACCUAUCCUACCUGUCCUACCUGUCCUACCUGUCCUACCUAUCCUACCUGUCCUACCUAUACUACCUGUCAUACCUGUCCUGUAAUAAUGAGUAUGAUUUUAUAAUCCACAUUUUUUUGCUUGAUGUCAGGCUUUUGUCUUUAUGUUGUAACUUUUUGUGCUUUUAGUUAAAAGUUUAACAUUUUUAAGAGAUUUUGAACAUUUGUGAUUUUAAUGUUAGAAAUAUUUUUAUUCUACAUGUCUCUGAAGGUAAACACAAGGGGGCAGUAUGACUUUAUAACAUGUUUUUAUUGAUAUGCAUAAAACCACAGACUGUUAAAGUAAAAAGAUUUGUACAUUGGUUAUAUUUUAGAAUAUGUUGUAACAAUAACUGAGAUUAGAGCCACAUUAAAAAAAUACUUUGUGAACAAAGUCGUAACGCUACAAGAAUAACUGUAAGAUAAAAGCUGAAUCACCUGAAUAGUUGCAAAAAAUAAAGAUGUACUAUUUUAGAAAA